UUUUAUUAAUUAAAAGACCUGCAGCGUGACACAUGUAUAACUAAAACUUGCACAAACGAUGAGUCGGGCCUGGUAGUACUCCAUAUUACCCAUAUAUAUCUUCCAUCAAAUAUAUUUUAAUUUUCUUAAAGGAACAUGCUACAUUUCUCGGUUACAAAAGAAAACAUCCGACAUUUCUACGGCUAUAUAUAUGGUACGAAAAAUUAAAUCUAACAAAAGUAAAAGCAAAGGCGUGAGAAAAACAAGACAAACGAGGCUUCUUCUCCAAUUCCCUGGGAACAAUAAUGGCUCACCGUAAUGAAGAAGAAGGAUCUAUUGGGACCUCCAUGCAUGGAGUUACCGCGAAAGAACAUGUUUUCUCUUUCUCUGACCAAGGCGAAGAUGCAUGGUCUUCCCAUAGCGUCCAGUCUGAUGAUCCAACGGCUAUGUUUCCCUUUCCAGUCGACUCAGAACAUAAAGCAAAAGUGUUCAAACCAUUGUCAUUUGCGAAACCACACAUGAGAGCUUUCCACUUAGGAUGGAUCUCUUUCUUCACUUGCUUUAUCUCCACGUUUGCCGCCGCACCUCUCGUUCCCAUCAUCAGGGACAAUCUUGAUUUGACCAAAACUGAUAUAGGAAAUGCAGGAGUCGCCUCCGUUUCCGGGGCCAUUUUUUCAAGGCUUGCUAUGGGAGCGGUUUGUGACUUGCUCGGGGCUAGGUACUUAUAAAGUUUCUACACUCCACUUAUAUUUAUAACAGAAUUAGUUUGA